UAAGCAGUCUGUUGGUGUCUUUUCGCAAGUAAGCGCGCGCGCUCCGUAUUAACACAGUUGACCGCUUUCUGUUUUUAUGUUAAGCGGGAUUUUGUUUGACAAGCGAUUUUAAACGGUAGAUCGCUGCCGCAUCCGAUCCGGGUUUAGUGAUUUUAUUUAAAGUUGUUUAAUUAAUUUAGGAGAUUCUAAGUGAACUUUACCAGUUAUUAUUUCCGGUAUUUGAUUAAAGUAUUAAAUACGAUAACAUUUAUGAAUGGAUGAAAUGUUAUAAAUUAACGAGUAUCAUUCAACAUCCGAAACUCGUAAGUGAAAGUGAAAGAAACAUUUAGUGUUGACAACUGAAAAAAUAUUUAAAAAACGCUAGAAUAUACAGCGAAAAUGACAAAAGAGCUUAAUGAGCUUGACUUCAAAGCAAAGGAGAUGAAAGACGUUGAUUUGAAACUCAAAAAGACGAUGGACACAAAAGAAAUUGACUUAAAACCAAAAGAGACAUGGCGGAUAGUGAAGAAUGUGGUCAUCAUCAGUUUAGCUUUUAUGGUGCACUUCACGGCGUAUUGCGGAGCCGCAAAUUUACAAAGUUCGAUCAACGCAGAAGCGGGCUUAGGAACAGCCUCGUUAGCGGCGGUGUACGCAGGGCUCAUCUUCUCCAAUAUAUUCCUCCCAGUUUUUGUUAUCAAAUGGCUGGGGACGAAAUGGGCGAUAUCUCUUUCUUUCAUUACAUACAUGCCAUACAUCGCUGCGCAAAUGUACCCCCGCUUCUACACCCUCAUCCCGGCUGGACUGAUCGUGGGACUGGGUGGAGGACCGCUGUGGUGUGCCAAGUGCACAUAUCUGUCUGUGGUAUCCGAGGCGCACAGUAAAAUAUCCGGUAUUUCUGCGGAGGCUUUGCUUGUGCGUUUUCUUGGAUUAUUCUUCAUGAUCUUCCAACUCAAUCAAGUUUGGGGAAAUCUUAUUUCUUCACUAGUAAUUUCAUCAGGCGACAACUUAGCCGCAGUGACUGCGGUGAACGCCACCAUGAUCCCUAAACUUUGCGGUGCCAAUUUUCUGCCCAGUGCUGAUGCAGCAGAAGCCUUGCAGCCACAACCACCGGAGAAGAUCCAAAUGAUUGCUGGUAUUUACUUAGCAUGCAUGGCCGGUGCUGCUCUAAUUGUUGCUGUAGGCGUGGACUCAAUGAAAAGAUACCAGGCAGGUCGCAAAGAUACCGGCUCAGGGUUAUCAGGCCUGGCGCUACUGGUGGUGACGCUGCAGCUGUUGAUCGAGCCUAACCAGCUCAUGCUGGUCAUCAUCAACAUCUUCGUGGGGAUGCAGCAGGCGUUCUUUGGUGCGGACUUCACUGCAGCGUUUGUGUCCUGCGCCGUCGGAACAGGCAUGGUGGGGUUCGUGAUGAUGACGUUUGGGAUAGCCGACGCUAUAGGAUGUUUGGUGACUGGAUAUAUAUCUAAGCUCACCGGUCGUUUACCGCUGAUAAUCGUGGCCACUGUGGCGCACUUUGGUUUGUUCGUGGCCCUGCUGGCGUGGAGGCCACAGCACGACCAGAGCCACAUCAUGUUCAUCAUCGCUAUCUUAUGGGGACUCUGCGACUCUAUCUGGAUUGUGCAGAUCAACGCCUACUACGGUAUUCUGUUCCCUGGCAGAGAAGAGGCAGCCUUCUCCAACUUCAGGCUGUGGGAGUCGGUCGGAUACAUCAUCGCCUACAUCAUCUCCCCACACUUGAGGACUAGCGCUAAAACUUACGUGUUGAUGGGCAGCAUGAUUGUUGGUGUCACUUUCUAUUUCAUAGUGGAAUACAGAGAUAGGAAAUCGAAGAGAGUCCUGGAGAUAACGCCUGCGGAUAAAUAUGUUGGCGGUCUAGACAAUAAAGCGUAUAGCGACUAGAACGAAAGCAUAAAUUUAAAAAAAUCGCUAAUCAUUUUGUGGUAACCCUACAAAAAAAUUCUUAAAGACGAAACUUUACGGGUCUCUAGCGAAGGGUUGCCACAACAUUAUUAAUUUGGCGACUGGGGACAUUAAUUUUGUAAUAAUUUAAUUGAUAAAAUGUCAAAAAAUUACGUCUUAUUUAGUACAAAUUACAAUCUGGAUCAUUGAACUGUGCUACCUCCUAAAGCCACCUCGGUAUAAAUUCCACAGUAACACAAGUUCUUACCAUACUUAAGCUAGUGGCAUGAGCUGACAAAAUUACUGUUAAAGAAGAAUAAGAUCUAGCUAUGACAGGCCCUUAGUCCAAUCUGACAUUUGGUUAUGGAAAUAAUCGAAUUCUUCAAAUAUCUAAAAUUAGACAAAAUAGUUAUUACUUAUUGUCCAGAAACUCAACACGGUCACUGUCUAAUAUAAUUUCAUUUUUUAAUACUAACUUAUUUAUUUCAUUGCAAAUUUAUUAUCAUAUUCACAGCUAAUAGAUACAUAUGUUUAUUUUAUAUAUGUGUUGAAUUCGAUAAAUGGCAAAAGUUCCGUACUUUGCGCCUAACGUAAUAAUUGCUCUUAUGUUUGCCUGCAACCUGUCAUUGACUCCGAUAGUUGAUAGUUGUUAUUGAUGUGUGGAUGAAUUGUUAAGAAGACUCCGUAACUAAUCAUAGACAGUGAACGAAUGAUAAAUAGAUCACCGUUCCCGGAAAAUAAAAUUAGGACUAACAAAUUUAAAAAUUAACGAUUGUUUGCAAAAUAAUACUUAGAUCAAUAAGAAGAAGCUCAAAUGCUUGCUUCAUUAUGUACGAGUAUAUGUUUUAUUGUAAUAAGCCUAGAUAUCAUAAUAAAGCUAUAAAUAAACAAUAAUUUUACUGAAAAAGUAUGUAGGGACUGAAAUUAGUGUUACCACUUUAUUUCCCGGGAACGUUGAAAGUUGAACUAACUUAAAUAACUGUAGUGACGAAGAUGAACUGUUGUUCGUUAGAUUAAGUAAGUUUUAGUAUUAAUUAAACAGUAUUUUAAAGUGUUGUUUAAUUUAUGAUAAAAGUAGUUUUAACCUAUAAUGUGAUAUCGAAAUGUGUAUUUUCCUGUUAUAAAUAUUUAUUUAUUUUGUGAACUAUAUUUGAUGUGAUACUACGAGUUAUGGAGGUGAUAAUCUAUACAGGUAUUUGUGAUGUCAAUACAUAAUUUGUUUACAUUUUGUGAUAAGUUAAAACAAUUUGAAAUAAUAUUUUUGGAAUGCAUUUUUUGUAAACGGCUGAACUGGCAAAAAUCGUUACAUAACAAAAACACAUGCACUGAAGAACUGUUAAGGUUGUAUGUGUGUUUGUGUUUAAAGUUUCAUUUGUGUUUAACUUGGAAAUGUUAUUUAUUUUUAUAUUUCGUUAUUAAUGUUGUCAUUUUAAUUUACCAGGGACUUUUCUAAAUAUAACUUAUAAUUCACAAAUUUCAUAUAUCUAACAUUUAUUUUUGCUUAUAAUGAGAGCUUCGUUCCUGACGGGGCCUCCCGACCGCACAACUUUUUUAUAUAAAGUUUAACGAUUAAGUAUAAGUGUAAUUAACUUGGACCUCUAAAACUUUCUUACAAAUACAUAAAUGACGUAAAAUAUUAAA